AGGAAUUUAUAAGCUGUAUUAAAUACUGCGUAGUAUGCUUCAAUAUUUACGAAAGUAUGAUUCAAAAACACUAAUUUUUAAUACUUUACUAUAGUUAAGGAAAGUAUUUUGACUGGAUCUGUCCACGUGGUGUCAGCACUGCGUAGAUCCGGUUUAUUGCACCGGAAGUUGAGGAUAUUUAACAGUGGAAGAAAAAAUGUUUACGGCGUAAAUGGGUCUCUGUUUAAAGGAAUAUAACAACGGUGUCGCACAGUUAACUACCUGCGUUUGUUUUUAUCCAAAAUUGCACGUUUAAACUAAUGCAUUCAUGUGUUUCUUAUGGAGAAAAUAUUGAUGUCGACGCCGAGUUUCCAAUGAAAGCAUCAGCUACAAGCAAACACCGCUAUUUUGAAUCGACACCUAUGUUUCGAUCAGACAUUUAUCAGCAAUAUCGGUAGAAUUAUAAACGCACUGCUUGUGCACAAAUAGUCCAUAAAAGCUGCAGGUACCGGAGGACAUGAGAUCGAGUUAAAUCGCUUUAGUGAAAAGUGAUGCAAACAGCGAUUGUUGCGUAUCAUUCAGCCUUUUAUGAACACGUCUGAUCUAAUAUAAACAGUAAGGAUGUCUUUAGUAGCGUACGACAGCAGCGAUGACAGCGAUCGCGAUAACGCGCCGAGUGCACCCGCUCGACCCCCGAAGAAGUCCGGGGGACUGUUUACGUCUCUGCCAGCGCCGAAAAAAGCAGAGAUCGGAUCCAACAGAUAUCAGACAUCGGCCCCUCAACCUCAGAGGAUGGGUAUUGAUCUAACGUUACCCAAACCCAAGAAGCGCACAGAGCCCGUUAAAAUCACCGUUCCGGAAAUAAAACAUGCAGACUCCGACUCCGACGAUGAGCAGCCAGUGCGAAAGAAAUCAGUGUCCCAGGGCGGUGGUCUGUCGUCUCUGCUGCCCCAGCCUCAAAAUCUAGUGGUGAAGGAAAAACAACGGGCGCUGGUGCCCCACACCCUGACGAGACGCCCUGUAUCCAACCAGGCAAAAGGAAGUGCUGGUAAAUCCCAAGGCGUGUCCGGAACCAGCCAAUCUCCAUCAGCCAUCAAAGCUGCCGCGAAGUCCGCCGCCUUGCAGUUGGCUCGCCAGAAGAUGACAGCCGAUGAAGAUGGCAGUGAUGAUGAUCUCGCUCCAGAAAACUACUUUUCCCUUUCAGAAAGCUCCCCGAAGCCUGUGGUGUCACAAAAACAAGAUUCCCAAGAUUAUGUUCCCACUCUUCACCCUUCACCCGGUGUGGAGGACGCCCCAUUGGACUUUGAUUCUAAUGCAGAAAGUUACAGUAGGACAGCUGGAGCCAUGGGGGAAGAUUUCCAAAAUCAGUACCAACAGUAUCCAGAACUGCCAGAUGGGUCUUCACAGGUAGAUUACUACGGGCAGAGUUACUACGAAGACCCCAAACCUGAAGCACAAGAGCAAGAUGAAUCUGGGUCUUCUUCAAUGUUUGAGGAUGAAGCAUUUCGGCGGCUGCUGGGCAAACAGAGUCGAGGAAAAGAAGAAAUCAAAUUCUUGGAGAUCAAAGGAGAUGAUCAGCUGAGUGGCAACAAGCAGUGGAUGACAAAGAAUGUGACCGCAGAUCUGGAGCCACGCAAGUCCUUUAGCAAGAAAAAAGGAGACCAGCCAACAGGACAACAGAGGCGCAAGCACCAAAUCACUUAUCUGAUUCAUCAAGCCAAGGAACGUGAGAUGGAGCUCAAGAAUAGCUGGGCUGAAAACAAGCUCACCCGCCGACAGACGCAAGCCAAGUAUGGAUUCUAGCCGACGUCACAGAAUAUCAAGACGUGGCACACUACACUAGGGCAGAUUUGUCUGAAGACUAUGGGCGAUAAAGAGAGUAGUAUUUUUUAGCUUUUAGAAAUGUCAUGCCAGCUUAUGUUGUUUCAGAGAGGAGCGAAAGAUAAUCAAUUCUUUAUCGGCUGCAAUUACAACAUUAAGAGGGCAGCGAAUACCUACUGUUUAUAGUGAAGAAUGUUGUUUUUCCAUUUUUAUGUUCUCCAUUUGGUUGUGUUACAAAGGUUUAGAUCUGCCACACAUAGUCACCUGUAAUAUAAUGUUUAAACCAUGUUUAAUUAUGACUUGUUUGGUCUAAGAGGAUCUCGUCUUCCAUACUGUCCAUUGUGCAACCAGAAAACAGUUAGACAUUAAAAAGGAUGUAAAAAAUGAAUUUAAACAAAUGUUUGAGUGAAACUUCCCAUUCUUGUGUGUUUUGAGUACGCGUUUCUGUUUGAACAGAUUCUUAAAGAACGUAAUGUAAAACCUAAAUUAAGUUAACAGUUUUAUUGCAUUAUUAGAGAAUUAACAAAAAUGUUUCAUUUUGUGUGUAAAAUAAUUCUUAUAUCACUGCCAGGAAUAAGAAUGCAUAAAUCUGAGAAAAAUAAACUAUAAAACACAAUUUGAAAUUAAAAGGAUUUUUGAUGU